GUGUUGACAUGGAAUGCAGGCGAUGUCCUGAGGCAUCUGCAGAGGCAUCGCUGCUCUGAGAGCUGUGGGAGAGUGUUGGACCAGGAUGGACUGAGAUGCUGCUCCUUACCCUCUCCUGUUUAGCUUCCCUGACCAGCCGUGUCCAGGCAGAUUUUGUUUCGCAGCAUUCUCAGCACAGAAGAGCUGCAGAAUAUUCACAUGUAGGGUGUGGCCUCCGACCAUCCUACGAGUCCUUCCAGAAGACAGGCAAGAGGAUUGGUACAGGGACAGACGUCAAGCCUGGGGAAUUCCCAUGGCUCGUGAGCAUCCAGAGCCAGGGGAAGCACAUCUGUGGAGGCACCAUCAUCAGUGCACUGUGGAUUUUAACUGCAGCCCACUGCUUUGCAGAUGAGCUGCCACCAGAUCUGAUGGUGGCAGUGGGGGGACUUGACCUCAGCCUCCCGCUGGAAGAGCACAACCCGGACAGCCUGAUCCUGCACGAGGAGUUCAACAGAACCAGCCUGCAAAAUGACAUUGCCCUGAUCCUGCUCAGCAAUCCCAUCGAGUUCAGCACGGAGAAAAUUCCCAUCUGCCUGCCCUUUGUGUGUGACAUGGGCACGUGGCAGCACUGCUGGGCUGCUGGCUGGGACAGCACAAGUGCAGCAUCGCCUGUGCUGCAGAAAACAAGGAUGAAGCUGAUCAGCAGGGAGGAAUGCUUGAAGCAGAUCCCACACCUCGUGGUGGGCAUGAUGUGUGCGGAGACAGAGCAAGGAGAAAGAGAAGGAGGAGAAGGAGGAGGAGGAGGAGGAGAAGGAGAAGGAGGAGAAGGAGGAGGAGGAGGAGGCUGCCAGAAUUGAGCCUCGGGAGGCUGAGGAGCUGCAUUGCGCUGCUGGUGUCUUGCUGUGGAUGGGCAAGCUUGGAUGUCUCACCAGGAAUGAUGGGCUGGUCUAUUUAAAAUGGAAAUUUGGGGCCUUCCAGCCUUGGAUUCUUGAGGAAACCUCCUGACCUGAGGUAGCACCUUUCUACCUGUCAGGUCUGGGAGGGGACCGACCCCAAAAGCUUGGAGAAGCUUUGCCACUGACCUUGUGAGCCCAUGAGCUUGACAGUGGCCAAGAAGACAAAUUCACCUUCAUUCAGAUCAACUGAGUGCUGUGUUUACAAAAAGUUAAAAAAAAAAAAAAAAUUGGCAGGCUGUGUCUGCCCAAAGUCUGAAUGAAUAGAAACUCCAAAGGAAGCACCUGCUGCUAAAGGAAAUCCAGGACAAGUUUUAUUAUCCUUUUUCACAGGUCUAUUCAGGACUACAUUAGGGGUUUCCUCUUUCCUUUUCUGGUACUUCACACUCAUUCACAACAAAAAAACAUAUUGUGCUUAUGAAUUAUAUUCCAGAGAAUAUGGCUGGAGCUUAUAAAGGCCCUGGCCAAAGAACUUUAUUUUUAACCUUGCUCCCUUGCGGAUUAAUUUCUCAAAUGAAAGCUUUGCAAUUGUUUGGGGUUAUUUUUCUCUCUUCUUCUUGGAUGGGGCACAAGGGCAAAUCCUGCCUGCUCUGUGUUAAGAAAAAAUGCCUCUCAAGGAACAAGG